AUGGCCGUGUACAUCCCGUACUGCAUGGAAUGUGGGAACGACGAUAACCCGUGCAGAUGCAAGGUCAUUGGACCGUCCGUUGCAUUUGCAUGCUUCUGCAUAGCAGCUGCCAUAGAGUGGCCUGUGGGCGCCAUCAUCUGGUGCUUCAAGAAGAGCAAGGGGACCUCCAUUAUGGGCCACCCAGCGAUGGUGGUCUAUCCCACUGUCAAGGACCUCAUUCCCUGUUAA